CCAGUCCCACGUUCUCUUUGCCUCACGCUGCAUAUAUAUAUCAGACAUUGUUUACUGUGAAACACAGUAAAAAUGUCUGCACGCAGGGGAGGCGAAGGUCGCGGCCAGCAGCCGAAGCCGUCAUCCGGACGUGGCGGCCGAGGCAGCACUCUAGACCCGUCUGUUUCGUCCUCUUCUAAGCCGACGCAACCGGAUCAGCUACCACCGGUAUCUUCGAAGUGCAUGAGGCCCCCGAGACCAGGUUUCGGCACAGCUGGAAGAAAGGUGAUCGUGAGAGCGAAUCACUUUCUGGUUCAGCUGGCUGAGACAGUUCUGACACAAUACCAUGUUUCUAUCACUCCUGAGGUGACGUCAAAGAAAGUGUGCAGGGAAAUUAUGGGCCAACUUAUCAAAACUUACGGUGCUUCUCAUCUGAGUAAGCGGAUGUUGGCCUAUGAUGGAAGAAAGAUUGCUUACUCCGCAGCUCCACUGCCCUUUACAUCCAUGGAUUUUGUUGUCAAGCUUAUUGACAAAGAUGGAUCCAGUUAUAAAGCUGCAAAAAGGUCCUUCUUUCCUCCACAGUUGGGAGGGAGGAAUCUUGGUGAUGGGUUGGUAUGUUGGAAAGGAUUCUAUCAAAGUCUACGUCCAACCCAGAUGGGCCUUUCUCUAAACGUUGACAUGUCCGCCGAAGCAUUUUAUGAGCCGAUUCUAGUUUCUGAUUUUGUUGCCAAGUACUUGCGUAGGGAUCUAACAAUGCCCUUGUCAUCUCAAGAUCGAAUUAAGGUGAAAAGGACUUUGACAGGUCUUAGAGUUGAGCUCAAUCAUACGGAGCGUGUCAAACAUUACAAAAUAUCAGGCGUGUCAACUGUACCAGCACAACAGUUGAUGUUUUCCUUGGAUGAUACGGGGACAAAAAUAUCUGUAGUGCAGUAUUUUCGACAAAAGUACAAUAUUGUGCUCAAGUUUCCACACUUGCCUGCAAUUCAGGCUGGCACAAAGGCUACAUAUUUUCCAAUGGAGGUUUGUAAGAUUGUUGACGGGCAAAGGUAUUCACAAAAGUUGAACGAGAAACAAGUUAUUGCACUUUUAAAAGCAACCUGCCUACGUCCACAACAAAGAGAACAAAGCAUCAUUGAGAUGGUUAACUCUAACAAUUACAAUGGUGACAUGCUUGUGAACAAAGAGUUUGGGAUUCAGGUUUGGCCUGAACUCUCAUCCAUUGAAGCAAGGGUUUUGCCAGCCCCAGUGUUGAAAUAUCAUGAGACUGGACGUGAAUCUCGUGUUGAGCCAAGAGUAGGAGUAUGGAAUAUGAUUAACAAGAAAAUGAUUAAUGCUGGCAAAGUGGAAUUCUGGACAUGCAUUAACUUUUCGCGGAGUUCCAAUAUUGUUGAUGUAGAUAGGUUCUGCAAUGAAUUAAUUGACAUGUGUAAUAGUAAAGGGAUGGAAUUCAAUCGAAGACCUUUGGUUCCUAUUCGAUUUGCUAAUUCUCGUGAGAUAGAGAAGGCUCUCUUUGAUUUGCACAAUGAUUCUGCAACUAGACUGGCAAGCUUGAAACUGACCGGGAAACAACUUCAGUUGCUAAUAGUCGUUUUACCUGAUGUCAGGGGGUCUUAUGGUCAGAUCAAGCGAGUUUGCGAAACAGAGUUGGGAAUUGUCUCGCAAUGUUGUCAGCCCAGUAACGCAUCUAGUUACUCUAAAAUAUAUCUUGAGAAUGUUGCUCUAAAAGUCAAUGUGAAGGUUGGUGGCCAAAAUACUGUUCUGGAGCAGGCUUUUGAAAAAAGAAUGCCUUUUCUAACUGAUAGCCCUACAAUCAUAUUUGGGGCGGAUGUAACUCAUCCUGAACCAGGGGAGGAUUCCAGCCCUUCCAUUGCUGCAGUAGUGGCUUCAGUCGACUGGCCAGGAGCAACAAAGUACAGAGGGUUGGUUUCUGCACAAUCUCCUCGGGAAGAGAUCAUACAAGAUCUCUACAAAACAACUGAAGGUCCUAAUGGAGGCAUUGUUCAUGGUGGCAUGAUAAGGGAACUGUUGAUUGCAUUCAGAGAUUCUGUUGGUAAUCUGCCUCAGAGAAUUAUCUUCUACCGUGAUGGAGUUGGUGAAGAGCAGUUUUACCAAGUUCUUUUGCAUGAAAUGAAUGCAAUCCGGAGGGCUUGUUUUUCAAUGGACAAACAUUACCUACCAACUGUUACCUUUGUUGUGGUUCAAAAAAGGCACCAUACACGUUUCUUCCCUGCCAAUCAUGGGGAUCGAAAUACAACAGACAAGAGUGGAAACAUUUUGCCAGGUACUGUCAUUGAUACCAAGAUAUGCCACCCCAGCGGGUUUGAUUUCUUCCUCUGUAGCCAUGCUGGGACUCAGGGAACUAGCCGCCCCACACAUUACCAUGUGCUGUUUGAUGAGAACAAAUUCAAUGCUGAUGGUCUGCAGCUGUUAACCAACAGUUUGUGUUAUACGUAUGCUAGGUGUACUCGAUCGGUCUCUAUAGUUCCUCCUGUUUAUUAUGCCCAUUUGGCUGCAUUUCGUGCUCGAUACUAUGUCGAAGGUGGUGAGCUCUCUAACAGUAGAUCUGCUCCUGGAAGAGACAUGGCAACAAGGGAGAAGAAUUUGGAGGUUCGCUCACUCCCUGCAAUUAAGGAUAAUGUCAAGGACGUGAUGUUUUAUUGCUAGAGAGCACUUUAUUUUUUAUUUUUUUGGCUAAUAGUUUCUCAAGAAUAGGUUACUCGAAUACAUGCUAAAUCCCAAGUACAAGAAUGGAUGACUACGUCACAGAAACGUUGAUUUACUGUCAACUUACAAGCACAAGUAAAUAGCCAAAACAGUUUAUUUUUUGAGAA